AUGAUUAGGAAAGCGGACAGCGACUGUUUGUGGGACUCCCACUGCUCGAGUCUCACCCCGAAGUACCUCUCUGCAAACCUUUCAUUCGAAAAGGCCAUUCGUGAAGAGAAGACUCCGUUACCCAUUCCUCCUCCCUCUGCGGAUGCGCACCGUAUUCUUCUUUUCGCGGCCGUCUGCCGUCGCUGGCGCGGUCUCACUCAGCGUUGCGUCUCCGCGCUUCUCGUCCGAGACAAUCUCGUCGUGUCUCGCCAGGCUCUCGCGAGUGCUGUCGCUGCCUUACCGAACCUGACCCAUCUUCACCUGUGCGACGGCAGCGUCGAGACUCUCGACGACGCCUUUCUCGCUCACCUCGCGUCGUCAUGUCCCAACCUCGCCAUCCUCCACGUCGGAAGCGGAAUUGCGCCUGUGAAGUGUAAAGAUUUUUAUGCCGGUAAAUGUGAGAAGGACGCGCAACCUAUAACAACCGCUGGCCUGGAUUUCUUUUUCCGGCACUGCACUCGGCUAGAGCAGCUUUCACUUUACUGCCUCGACCGUUGCGUCGAAUUCCCCGCUUCCUUCUUUCAGCUGCCGCAUCUGCACACUCUCGCGCUCACAAAUGCUUCACCGCUCGAAACUCCCGAUUUCGCUAGCCUUACAUCGCUCACCACCUUGCACAUUGCCUCCAACCAUCUCUUGGAUCGAGUGGCAAACAUCGUUCGCCUCUCACGCAUCACCACCUUCUCACACUCCGAAGAAGCCGUUGCAUUUCACCGUGAUUCCCUGGGCCUUGCCGACUUGGACACCACGCAGCUGGCUCUGCUCAAGUCGUCAAAGUUCAGCGAGGUGGUCCCGUGUGCCGCCCUAGAGCGGCUCGAGAUUGAUAUAGAGCAUUCUGAUUCCGAUACGCCGACCUUUCAACUCGGAGAGCUGAUGCCGAGGCUCCGCAAGCUGACCCUUCGCCAGAGACUCGGGCAUUAUGAACCUAGUCCAAUUCUGCUGAGCUUCGCUUCUCUAACUCUCUUGGAGAGCUUGACCCUUACUGAGCGUUACCAAAGGCACGACGAUUUUGCUUCUUACGACCUGCCGGACGAUAUGGGAUGCCUGCUUGCUCUGAAGACCCUCGUGCUGCACAGGCUGCCACUCUUGUCCCUCCCGGGCGCCCUCUGCCACCUGCCUUCCCUUGAGACGAUCGUCCUCAUCGAAUGCACCACCUACCCGCACUUCAAGCUGUACGAAGAUUUCUGCUGCCUCACGUCACUCCAAACCCUCGCCAUUGUGAAGAUGCCUUGGACGAGGCUGCCGGAGAACAUUGGAGAGCUCUCAAGGCUGCACACACUCUAUUUGAACGGUCAGAACCAGCAGCCGCGACUGCCGUUAUCCUUCACCCAGUUGACUUCAUUGACCAGGCUUGAACUGGCCAUGUGCACGAUUCAAGAGCUGCCCGAGGACUUGGGGAACCUCACUAACCUGCAGGAGUUGCACAUUCGCUCCUGCCCUCGGAUUCAGCGGCUUCCAGAGUCCCUCACAAGCAUCUCGAGCCUUGAAACCCUUACGGUUGAUGACUGUCUGAAGCUCGUCUCGGUUCCCGGGAGGCUGGACAGCCUUGGGAGGCUCAAAUGGCUGGAGCUGACUGGGUGCCCCGAUCAUACUGAGCCUCCUACAUGCCUGCCGCUCUCUCUUGAGGUCUUAAGUCUUGGAAACAGCUACCACAUGGCUGAUCUGCCAGACGUCUCCUUGCUGCCUUGGCUGAGAAAGCUCUCCUUGAAGCUGGUUGGUGGGGCGGAGAGAAUGGCUGUUAGCAGCAGCUUGGCGCGCGUGAAGCAGCUGGAGCUGGCGCUGCAGGAGGAGGCUGUGGAGCUGCCCUUCUCCCUUGCGCUGCUCCCCCAGCUGCACACGCUGGUCAUGUGGAACGCGGGGAAGAUGCAGCGGCUUCCAAGCGACAUGGGAUGGGCUGUGCCGCAGCUGAGGGUUCUGCAGAUCCACUGUGCGCGGGAAUUGAGGGAGCUGCCGGACAGCAUUGGCGCUGCAUCCCGCCUGCGCCAGCUGCACCUCUUUGACUGCCCCGCUCUGCACCACCUGCCCGCUUCCCUCACGCAGCUUGCAUGCCUGCACCAACUGCAUGUGGAAAAGACAGGCCUGCGCUGCCUUCCUUUAGGGUUUGCACAACUGACCAGGCUGCGCAGUCUUAGUGUGCGUGGUUGUGCGCGGCUGGAGGCUCUGCCAGAGGAUCUCACGGAGCUGAAGAUGCUGCGAUUAUUGAGUGUUGGAAAUUGCAACAAGCGUGCAGUGAUUCCGUACCUUCAAGGUAGGGGAUAA